AUGGUUGCUCUGGCGAGAAUUUCAUUCCUAACGAUGUCAGCCUUCCCAAUCAUCUGCUCCUUCUUCCUGUCCUCUUCUUGUAAGAAUAUCGACCGGCCACCCAUUCCUAGCUAUUCACCCGCGAAGCUACGUGGGCAUCAUCAUCAUCACCAUCCUCACCGCCAACAACGACAACAACUACAACCCCAUCAAACUCUACGGAAAGAUGAAGAAACGAUAUUUUUUAAACAAGUGAAUCGGGCAGAGAGGAAUGAAAGACAGGGUGAGAAAGAUAGCCACAAACGCAUUGAGAAGCGUCAGUACGAUGACGACGCAGAUCUGCAGCAACUGCCGCGUUUUGAAAAGGAGAACUUUCAACAGCACCGUGAUUAUCCUCACAGGCAUCAUCACAACCACCAUCCUCAAGAUGUCAUCAUCAUCAACAACAACAGCAACAACCACAAUAAUUAUAUAAUUAACAGCAAACAUAACAGCGACAACACCGAUUACAAUUCAUACGACGACCAGGCUGAAUAUAAAACUAGCAAGGAUGUUUCCUCCUUGGUCCCAUGCGUGGCGGGCAGUCGCAGCUCAGUUUGGUUCAAAUUGAAAGGUUCGCCUGUCAACAACGAAGAAGAUAUUGACGUGAACAAUUUCGAAACAUCUCUAAAAAACACAACCGACUUUGGAAGUUUAUUCGUACAAAACCCAACAAAAAGCACCAACAAAAACAAAAAUUCAACGAAAAAGCGCACCAGAAGAGGUGCAAGCUCUACAGAUCGCCAUGGUCCUCUUCGCACUAAAAAACUAAACACCAUCUACGUCAAUAAGAACCAGGUGAGUGAUACCGAAUGCACUUUCAAGAAAAAACUUCGUGUCCUGGGCGACGGUUAUUUUCCAACGCGGGUCCUAACUGGGGAGUGCGGCAAAUCUCAUUGCCACCACGGCAUCUCAAAUUGCGUUCCAAAGAAAUACCGAGUUCCGGUGAUGAAAAAAAUCGGUCGAUUCUGCGGGGCAAUCGAGGAGAAGGAACGACUCAGGAAGGUCGUCUACGAAGAAGCUUGGAAGUCGAUUUACAUGGAGGUGAUCGUUGCCUGCCAAUGUGACUUCAACAGGGAACAAAUAUUUCCAAGCUCUAAAAGUCUAGAGAUUUUCCUUCUUAAGCAGCAGCUGUGA